UCCGAAUUAGCGGUCACAAUUCCAUACAUUUCCGCCAUUCCACCUCCAACACAGCUCCCGUAAAACACCAAUAACGAGGGGCAUGAGCCGUCAUGCGAUGGCCACCAUGGGCUUCCGAAUCGCAAGCCCGAGAACAACAAGAUGAACAAAACAAAACGAACUGGAACAAAUCCCUCAAUGCGAUCGACUGGGCCGCAUUCACCGAACCCAGGACUUUAAUUCCCACUCUGAUCCUCACGACGGGAAUCGUCGGCGCACUGCAGAUCCACCGCCGAUACCUGCGCCGUUUCCCCGACGCCGUUAGCAUUUCGCCAUCGUACUUCCGCAAGAGGACUAUCCUGGGCCAAGUGACGAGCGUCGGCGACGGCGAUGGUUUCAGACUAUACCACACACCCGGAGGAAGACUGGCGGGAUGGGGUUGGUUGCCUUGGAAAAGAGUCCCCACCGCUAAGAAGGACCUGAGGGAUAAAACGAUCUCCGUUCGCUUGGCUGGUGUCGAUGCGCCGGAACUCGCGCAUUUCGGUCGCCCGGAGCAGCCUUAUGCUCGGGAAGCUCAUGAAUGGUUGACGUCGUACGUUCUUAAUCGCCGUGUUCGGGUCUUGGUGCAUCGGCAGGACCAGUAUCAGCGUGUGGUGGCUUCUGCGUAUGUGCGACAGGCUCUCGAUUUCCCGAUUCCUUUUCGUCGUCGUGAUGUGUCGUAUGAGAUGUUGACGCGGGGAUUGGCUACUGUGUAUGAGGCGAAGGCGGGUUCUGAAUUUGGUGGCCCUGAACUGGAACGGAAGUAUAGAGAGGCGGAAUCUAUAGCAAAACGGAAGGGUACGGGUCUGUGGAAGGAAUAUCGUCGCAAUCGCAAAGGGUGGGAGAGUCCGCGUGAGUAUAAGACUCGUAUGGAGUCGCAGGGUAAGGGCGAUUGAGGAAAAAGACGGAUCAGGCUAUGUAUACUAGAAGGUAUGUGCCCGUAUGUUUCGAAUCCUGUUAUAUGUUUAUCCUGUACACUCGAUAGCGAUUUCUUUUAUGACUGGCCGUUUGAUAUCUACGGUUACGAUACGGUGACGCACCUAGAAAAGCAGAGACUAUAGCAUGGCCAAUCUAAGAAUGCAUUUUCUUUCCUUUCGAUCAUGCUAGCCUUAUUAGGUGUAUCUUAACACAAACAGCAUGGCCUCCACAA